UCUGUCUGUCUUCUCGUUCCUCAUCCCGCUCCAGCGCUCCUACUCCCAAAGCACACAUCAUGGCUAGUAAAUAAGUGGCCGAUUUCUUUGACCCACUAUUAAUUUCUCUAUCUCACUUCCCUAUGGUUUUCCCUAUAAAUAUGCCCAUCGAGUGUGCGGCAUCAGGCAACACUUCAUCCGCUAAUCUCUUUGCAAAGAGCGCUGCUACACACACGACAGUGCUCAGCCGAUUCUUGCAUGAUCCUACUAAUCUAACCAUGCAUUCCUAGGACAAACUGAAGUAGAACCGCUGGAUGAAGCAUCGUCCAUCGAUCGACCACGAUUCCCUGACCGAUCUUCUCUUCAUUUGAGGAUAUGAGGAUCAUACCAAGAUCUAAUAUGAUUGGGAUUGGAUAGCUGGAUUUCUUCCAUUUCACCUCUGACAAAUUCAGGAGCAAGAAGUGAGAAGUUCUCAGUGCUGUUUCAUCAUGGUGGUUUUUUCAUGGGUGAAGGAAGCAAUAGGGCUUAUAUUGAUGGGCAUAUAGUUUGGUAUGACAAUUUGGAUAAGCUCACCUGGUCUCCAAUAAUGGUGGAACAUAUAGUAGAAGAGAUUGGAUGGGAGAUGGCAGGCAGGUUGAAGGCAUAUUAUCAAAUCCCAAUACUUGACAUUACUCAGAAUUCUUUGAGACAUAUCAGAUCUGAGGCAGAUACUGAUCAAAUGAUGACCUUUCUGUCUAUUGGGCAUCAUUUCUUUACUAUUUAUCUUGAUCAUGAUGACAGUUUGAUUACUAAGAAGGUUGUUGAUGAUGUGGUCCAAUUUCCAAGGGCUGAACUUCCACCAGUGUUUAGCCCUUCAAAAGAUGGUACGAUUUCUCAUACUAGCAAGCCUGGAAAUUCAGAAGAAGACUGCCCUAUACCAAUUCAGGUUGUGUAUCCAAACAAUGUGCCACAUGAAGAUGGCAAUGCAUUCAUGUUUGUAAGAAGGCAGUGCACAUUUGGUGAAGGAGCAGAGGAAAAUGCAGAGCAACAAGGACAAGCAGGGCAAGCAGAGCAUGUAGGCCAAGAUGAUGUACAGCAACAUGAAGAUGCAGAGCAUGUAGGCCAAGAAGAAGAAGCAGAGCCACAUGAAAAUCCAGAGCAAGUAGAGCAAGAGAGAGAAGCAGUAGUUGAAGAUGCAGAAGCACAUCAAUUGAGGAGAACCAGAUCAAAGAAGAGAUGUUUUGAAGGCAAUGUAGGAACAGAUAGUGACUCAGAUGACAGUGAUUUUGAUCCUGGUGACAUGAUAGAUAGUGACUUUGAAAUCAGUGAUGAUGAUGAUGACCUUUAUGCUGACAAUGUGGAUAAGGAUGAACCAGUUAAAAGGAAGGAGAAGGUGAAGCAGAAAACAACAGCAAAGGAUAAAGGAGUUGUAGGGGAAGAAAAGGAAGAAAACUUGUCAGAUUAUGAAUCUGAAGGUGAAGAUCUUUGGGCACCUGAUUCAGAUGAUGAAAUGCAAACAAAAUUUAGAGCAUUUAGAAAGGAGGAUCUGACUUGUCCAAGAUUUCAUGUUGGACAAGUGUUUGAAAAUGUUGAUUUGCUUAGGAAAGCAAUUAAGGAAUACAGCUGCAAGAAUAGAGUUGAUGUCAAGUUACUAGUGAAUGACAGGAAGAGAGUGAAAGCAGUCUGUGAUAAAGAUUGUACUUGGUACUUGUGGGCUUCUUAUGACAGCAGAACCAAGUUUUUCAUGGUAAAGAAGUAUGUUGAAGAACAUAGUUGCUGCAAAAAAUGGAAGAUCAAGGCUUUCACAGCACCUUUUCUAGCCAGGAAAUACCUUGAGAGUUUCAGGGCUGAUCAGGAUAUGAAUCUUAGAAACUUCUCAAGGGUUGUUCAAAAGGAAUGGCACAUGACACCAACUAGGUCCAAGCUUCAGAGGGCAAGAAGGCUGGCUAUGAAAAUAAUUCAUGGAGAUGAAGAAGGGCAGUACAAGCUGUUGUGGGAUUAUGGAAAUGAGAUAAGGAGAAGUAAUCCUGGUAGCUCAUUUUUCCUUGCACUGGAUAAUCAAGCUAGGUUCAACAAGGCCUACAUGUGCCUUGAUGCAUGCAAUAGAGGCUAUCUUCAAGGUUGCAGGCCUAUGAUCUUCAUAGAUGGCUACCAUAUUAAAACAAGAUACAGAGGGCAGUUGCUGGUUGCAGUAGGAAUAGAUCCAAAUAAUUGCAUAUUCCCCAUAGCAAUAGGUGUUGUGGAAGUGGAGGACAAGCCUAACUGGGUUUGGUUUCUUGAGAGGCUGAAGAGUGAUCUUGGUAUUAUCAACACAUCCCCAUGGACAGUAAUGUCAGACAAGCAGAAGGGCCUGAUAAAUGCUGUGACUGAAGUAUUCCCUGAGUCAGAACAUAGGUUCUGUGUCAGGCAUAUGUGGAAGAAUUUCCAACAGCUGUACAAAGGUGAUGCUUUGAAGAAUCAAUUGUGGAAGAUAGCUAGGAGCACAACAGUUAUUAAGUAUGAGCAGUACAUGCUUGAGAUGAAGGUGCUGAAUGAGGGUGCAUACACCUGGUUGAAAGAGUUGGAACCAAACACUUGGGUGAGGGCUUUCCAAAGUGACAUACCUAAGUGUGACAUUCUGCUCAACAAUUUCUGUGAGGUGUUCAACAAAUAUAUCUUGGAGGCAAGAGAAUUGCCAAUUCUUUCAAUGUUUGAGAGGAUCAAGCAACAGUGGACUGCAAGGCACUACACUAAGCAUUGUGAGGGUGAGAAGAUGUAAGGAGUAAUGUGCCCUAAGAUCAAGAAACUAGUUGACAAGUUGGCAGAGCUGGCCAACACAUGCUAUGUGUAUGAAUCAGGAGAUGGAGUGUUUCAAGUGGUGGAUAGAGGAACAGAUUACAUAGUAGACUGGCACAGCAAGUCCUGCAGCUGUAUGAGAUGGCAAAAAAGUGGAGUGACUUGCAUACAUGUUAUAGCUUGUUGUAGGAGUGAGAGAGUAGAUCCACUAACCUUAGUGGAUCAAUGCUACUCAGUGUCCAUGUUCAAGAAGGCUUAUAGCAAUAUCAUCUACCCUUGCAAGGACAUCACUGAGUGGGAGAAGAUGAAUGGGCCUGGAAUUAAUCCACCAGACUACAAGAAGCAUGUUGGAAGGCCUUGCAAAAGCAGAAGGAAGGGACCAGAAGAGAUUAUUUGUAGUAAUGGAGGGAGGAGGAUGUCAAGGCAUGGUGUAAUCAUGCACUGCAGUUACUGUGGUGAGCCUGACCACAAUAUCAAGGGAUGCAAAUAUAUGAAAGCUGGUCUACCACCUCCAAUGCACAAGCUCCUCCACCCCAACAUGAUGACAAUUUGGAAACUUCACAAGCUAAUAUGGAGCAACAACAACCUCCACAACAAGCCCAGCAGGCCAACACAAGUGCAGAGACCAGUACAGUAGUAGAAGAUCUUAUGGUGGAUCAAAUGCUUCAGCAGAGGCCCUUGCCUAGAGUGCUUCAGCACACACCAAUCCCAGAAUCAACUUUCUUAACAAAUGCACAAGCAAUGUUGAACCAGGCCCAGACAAGCACUAACACAAUCAGGCAAGGAGAGCUAGCUAAGAAGAUGCUGGCCAUGAAGCAGCAAAGAGAAAAAGAACUUCAAGAUAGGAAACAAGCUAUACUAGAGGCAAGGAUAGAAGCAGAGUUGAAGAAAGCAUAAGAGGCUGCUAGAAGAAGGCAUGAGAAAGCAGAAAAGAAGGCUAUAGAAGCUGAGAAGAAGAGAGAGGCAGCUGCACAGAAGAAGGAAACAAUGGCCAUCCUGAGGCAAGCAAGAGCAGAGACAAGGCAGAUAAUAGUAGAGACACAAAGAGAGCUUUCUGCUGAGAGGAAGGAGAAACUGGAUGCUGAGAAGAAGGCAUAAAAGAAGGCUGCUGCUGCAAAGAAACUAGAAGAGAAGAAAGCCAUUGCUGCACAGAAGGAAUCAGAGAGACAAGCACUCCUAGCAAAGAAGCAGGAAGAGAAACAAGCCCUUGCUGCAAAGAAACAAGCAGAGAGACAAUCCAUUGCAGCAAAGAAGGAGCAGCUGAGGAAAGAAGCACAAAGAAACAUGGAGGAAGCUGGGCAUGUGCCAGAAAGAUCAAGCAUGUUUGACAUCUUUAGAUGAUCUAUGAGACUGUUUAUCUUGUUUUAGUAAGAGUACUCUUUCAGCAAUAUAAAAUAUGACUGUGUUUCCCUUUCAUGUUAUCUCAAGAUCUUAUGGUACUC